AUGCUUUUCAGCAGGGCCGAGAAGAAGAAGCGUCAUGAUGGAGUCCGCAGGCAGCUGAAGGGACAAACCCGCCUCAUGUUCAGCUGAAUAAAGUGUGAUAGCUCCAUGUUUCUCCAGAGAAACACGUUACGGAACGAAGAAUCUCCCCCGUUCAUGACAGCCAGAUAGCUAACUCUGCUGCGGAGACUGUUGGUUUAGCCGGUCACCAUGGCGACAGACAUUGGCUCGCCGCAGCGCUUCUUCCACAUGCCACGUUUCCAGCACCAGGCGCCGCGGCAGGUGUUUUACAAGAGGCCGGACUUCGCGCAGCAGCAGGCCAUGCAGCAGCUCACCUUCGACGGGAAACGCAUGAGGAAGGCCGUGAACCGCAAAACCAUCGACUACAACCCAUCUGUCAUCAGAUACCUGGAGAACCGUCUGUGGCAGCGAGACCACCGAGACUUCAGAGCCAUCCAGCCCGACGCAGGAUGUUACAAUGACCUGGUUCCUCCUGUCGGGAUGUUGAACAACCCCAUGAACGCUGUCACCACCAAGUUCGUCCGAACCUCCACCAACAAAGUCAAGUGUCCGGUGUUUGUGAUCAGAUGGACUCCUGAGGGUCGUCGUCUGGUCACCGGAGCCUCCAGUGGAGAGUUCACUCUGUGGAACGGACUCACCUUCAACUUUGAGACCAUUUUACAGGCCCACGAUAGUCCGGUCCGAGCCAUGACCUGGUCUCACAAUGACAUGUGGAUGCUGACUGCGGACCACGGCGGCUACGUGAAGUACUGGCAGUCCAACAUGAACAACGUCAAGAUGUUCCAGGCUCACAAGGAGGCCAUUAGAGAAGCCAGUUUCUCUCCGACAGAUAAUAAAUUUGCCACCUGUUCAGACGACGGCACCGUCCGGAUCUGGGACUUCCUGCGCUGCCACGAGGAGAGGAUCCUCCGAGGUCACGGUGCUGAUGUGAAGUGUGUGGACUGGCAUCCCACCAAAGGUCUGGUGGUCUCCGGCAGUAAAGACAGUCAACAGCCAAUCAAGUUCUGGGACCCAAAGACGGGACAGAGUCUGGCGACACUCCACGCCCACAAGAACACGGUGAUGGAGGUGAAGUGGAACCUGAAUGGUAAUUGGCUGCUGACAGCGUCACGUGACCACCUGUGUAAACUGUUUGACAUCAGAAACCUGAAGGAGGAGCUGCAGGUGUUCAGAGGACACAAGAAGGAGGCUACAGCUGUGGCUUGGCAUCCCGUCCAUGAAGGCCUGUUCGCCAGCGGAGGUUCUGAUGGUUCUCUGCUCUUCUGGCACACUGGGGUGGAGAAGGAGGUUGGAGGGAUGGAGAUGGCCCAUGAGGGGAUGAUCUGGAGUCUGGCCUGGCACCCGCUGGGUCACAUCCUGUGCUCGGGCUCCAAUGACCACACCAGUAAGUUCUGGACGAGGAACCGACCCGGCGACAAGAUGAGAGACCGCUACAACCUGAACCUGCUGCCGGGGAUGUCGGAGGACGGCGUGGAGUAUGAUGACCUGGAGCCGAACAGCGUGGCCUCCAUCCCCGGCAUGGGGAUCCCCGAGCAGCUGAAGGCCGCCAUGGAGCAGGAGCAGAGCAAUAAAGAGGCGGCUCCUGAGGUGGAAAUGUCCAUCCCCGGUCUGGACUGGGGCAUGGACGAGGUCAUGGGGAAAGACGCCAAGAAGGUCCCUCAGAAGAAAGUACCGUACGCCAAACCGAUUCCAGCGCAGUUCCAACAGGCAUGGGCGGAGAACAAGGUCCCCAUGAUGCCUCCCUCAGGAGACCUCGCCAAAGACCGGAAGGUGGAGCAGAAAGCGGACGUGAAAAAGAAGACUCAGGCAGAGAUUGAGCAGGAGAUGGCAGCUCUGCAGUACACCAACCCCAUGCUGCUGGAGCAGAUGAAGAUCGACCGGAUGAACCAGAUGAGCACAGAUGGGAACAUGGGGCCCCCACAGGGGCAGGGCCCUCUGCCCCCCUUCCCUGGCCCUGGAGGGCCUGGAGGUCCGAUGCCUCCGGGUCAGCAGGGCUUUCCCCCGAACAUGCCUCCUCAGCAGAUGCCCAACAACAUGGGGCCCCCCAUGGGCCCUGGAGGCAUGCAGCCACCCUUUAUGCCCCCUGGACAGAUGGGGCCACCCUCAGGACCUCAGCCUCACCAGGGGCCCCCUCAGGGCAUGAUGGGACCAGACAUGCAAGGACCCCAAGGUAUGCAGAGACAUCCUGGCCCCCCCAGAAACAUGGGCCCCCAAGGGCCUCACGGUAUGGGUCCUGGACCCAGAGGGAUGCAGGGACCCCCUGGUGGGAUGAUGGGCCCUCCUCCUCGAGGAAUGGGUCCAAGGGAUCCUCAGGGGCCCCCACCUCAGGGGGGCAUGAUGCCACCUCAAGGGAACAUGAUGGGCCCCCAGGGUCCUAUGCAGGGUGGGAUGAUGGGGCCCCCACCCAGGACACACAGCAACAUGCCAAACAACUAUGGGAUGGGCAACAUGCAGGGGCCCCCAGGAGGGAUGCAUGGACCUCCAGGAAAUAUGCAGGGGCCCCCAGGAAACAUGCAAGGACCACAUGGAAACAUGCAGGGCCCCCCAGGAAACAUGCAAGGACCCCAUGGUAACAUGCAGGGGCCCCCAUACAUGCAGCACCAGGGCCAGAACUCGGGGCCCAUGAUGCAUGGGAUGGGGCCGCAGGGGCCCAACAGCAAAGGAGACCCUCGGGGGCCACCGCCAAACCACCACAUGGGCCCCCCAGACCGCCAGGGUCCUGGAGGCCCCGGGGGACCAGACCAGGGCUCGGGGCCUUACUGGGGGGACAACCAGCAGGGUCGACGUGGACCGCAGGACUUUGAUGGAGGCCAGGACUUUCACGGCAGAGGAGAGGAGGGCUGGAGACCAGGACCUGGACCAGGAUACCAGGGGGGAGGAGGCCACAGGGGGGGGGGCCACCGAGGAGGAGGAGGGAGCGGAGGGAACUGGGGCCCUGACGAGAGGUUCAGCGGAGGAGAGUUUAGAGGACGGAGGGACGACAGGUUCAGAGGAGGAGGCCCCGGCCGGCCCGGAGCUCGAGGGUACGCCGACGAGUACGGAGGCCAGGAGGAGGGCUUCGACGGCCCUGAGGACUUGGGCCGAGGCUGGGACAACGGAGGCAGAGGGAGGCCGCCCCGAGGAGGAGGUCCCCCCAGAGGAGGAGGUCACGACGGCUAUCGGGAUGGUCAGCAGAUGCAUGAUGGGACAUCUCCAGCCGGUCGCGAGCGCUCGUCCUCCCUGCAGGGGAUGGACAUGGCGUCUCUGCCCCCCAGGAAGCGUCCGUGGCAGGACGGACCAGGAACCGGAGACCCCCGAGAGCGGGAGUCCCCCGGAGCUGACGGAGGUCGUCCGCCCCAGAGGGAGGACGGGGGUUAUGGUCCUUCUGUUCGAGGCGGACGAGGCGUCUGGGGUCCUGGAGGAGGACCCGGGCCAGGACUGGGCCCCAGGAGAGGAGGACCAGCUCCCAGAGGAGCACCGAGGGGGGGUGGCCGGGGCCGGUAGUCCUGAGGAAGACGCCUCCUGUGAAGCUCCUCCUCCGGUCGGCUCCUGCUGGUCCUCCUCAGACAUGAGACCAAGCGCAGAUCCU